UUCCGCUCGUAAAUAAACGAAAAUGGCGGAGCUCCAUGUCAUCGGAGAAAUACUCGGAGCGAGUGGUUUUCCUUCACACAAUCUCUACUGCAAAUGGUCAGUACAUGUAGAAGGUUCUUGGAAACUCAUAGCAGGUCAAAAAGAAGGCCAAACACAAGUAGACAAUCCACAAAAUGAGGAAAAAGCGACAUGGUGUCAUCCKAUUGAUCUUCACUUCGCAACGAAGGGACUCAAAGGAUGGCCAAAAUUUCACUUCCAGGUAUGGCAUCARGACAUGUACGGGAGAAAUGAGAUUUACGGGUAUGGAUAUUGUCAUGUUCCCACUUCGCCAGGCACUCAUACUGUGGAUUGCGUGACUUGGCGACCUACAGGAACUUGGAGAGAGCAAAUGAGAACUUUUUUCGUYGGAGGAGCACCACAGUUGAAAACUUCAGAUGUGAUUUACAGUGGUAGCGAUAGGUACAGAUUAAAAACUGAAGCYAUGGGAACUGUGCAUCUUCAGCUUGGGAUAAUAGCGAGAAACUUUGACAAGUUUGGAAUAGAAUGCUGACCAGAGUUCAUCCACAUUUUUUUGAGUUUUGUAAAUAUUUUUAAAACGUCAGAUCAUGCGAAAACUAUUACUUCUUUAUAAGGUGCUAUAAAAUCUUGUAUUUUAGGUAUGAAAUGCCAGAAGUGUAUGUAUAUCUUGUAUUAAAAACAUUACAUGACUGAACUCCAUGGAAACUUGUUUCCAUGGUAACUUUCA